AUGCCCUUCCUCGCCUUGUCCUCCCUGGAGCGCAAAACCCUUGGUUUAUGCUAUCGCGUGGAAGCGAUCGCGAUCCACGAAGUCCUAGCGGCGGUGCUCGCACUCGAGUUCCUGCGCAAUACCGAUUGCAAAGAGCCUGCGCGGUGGGAGGAGGCCCUAACUCGCUUUCAGGCCUCGUGGAUCCGUGCCCAUGCAAUAGCCCCAGACUCCUCCAAACUCGAUGUCUUCCGCAACCGCGGCGAUGAUGCCUUCGGCGCCCAGUUGGUCAUUGUGGACCUCCAACUGCGCUAUCGAGGCUUCAUCCUCAACAACCUCCUGUUCGCGGAGGAACACGAGCUCCAGAUCAAUCGUCUUCGCCUCGAGGCCUGUCGUGGCCGCCUUGUAGACCUCCUAAUGACACCACUGCUACAAACCGCGGAGUCACUUCUCACCCGCGCCCGCGAACUCCGGGACAUCCACACCGCAAGCCAGGAGGCUAUCGAGGAGGCCCGCGCCGCGCAGGCCAGUAUCAAGGAGUUCAUCGGCCUCCCCGAAUCCGCGAGUGUUCUUCCGCAGCGGCAGGCCCAAGCAGGAUCGGCGGCGGUGGCUGUGUGCCCUCUGCAGAUCCGGAAGGAGCUCCUGCCGGAGACCUCGUGCGGGACUGGCGACUUCUCGCGGUCUCCGAAACGUGUGCGAGGUACCGGUCUCGCCCUCCGCCACCUUUGGCAACUUCGCUCCGCGGUUGAGGUAGAGUGCGAAACUGCUAUCUCGUCGGAGGCUACCAAUGAGGAGGUUGAGGCCAGGGCGCGCGAAGCCCUCGCGCGGCUGGAUGAGCUCGUGCGCCUGACCGAGCACCCCGCCACUGUCCGCCACCUCGCGGACACCCUCUACUGCCACUUCACGGACUUCGCAGCGGGAAUGGGUGACCCGCCCACCGAGCACGCCCCCGACUAUCCGUGGAUCCACCAACAGUUCAUUAAGGCUUGGGAACGCGCGACGGCUCCUUCGUCGGUCCUCGGCUCGAUUACCGCACCUGUCGCCACCGCGGUUGUUGCUCCAGUGGAUCCCCUGCUCACUGCCCCUGCCGCCACUCUCGUGCAAGCUGCACCUCCGCCACCCGCCCCCGCGCCGACCCGCGUCUCUGCGCGUAUCCGCGCGUGA